AUGCCGCUUGUGCCGGAGUUUCGAGUGAUUUUCAGGUGCUCGAGCGCCGUGCGAACUAUGGAGGAACUUCGUGCAUACCUCCGCGAGCGCAGACACGCUGAACUCUUUGGGUUUCUGAAUCGCCACGCUGGUGUAGAUGAUGCUGGUAAUCUUGUAACGGUGGAUGCUGGUGGCGCCUCCCGCAGCACUGGUGGGUGCGCGGGUACGUUCCCUGAGGCGCUUCGAGAACCGGACUCAAAAACUACUGCUCGAGGGGGCGCGCUCCAAGCAGAAUCUUCUGGACAAUUACUUAACCUUGAUUCAGAAAUGAAAAAUAGGGAAUUGGAGUCGCAGCGCUUCCAGAACAGUCUAUCCGCUGCUGGUACGCUUCCACCCGAUGGUGGAGUCUCGAGCCCGAAAGCCCGCAGCGUGUCGGAGCGCCCAGCAGCGAGACUGGUGCGAGAUCCAGCACAGCCGUAUCGCGGAGCUUCCCAGCAUGGCGCGCAUGGUGUUAAGAACAUUCCCGAAAGUUUGGACCCGAGCCAGCCUGACGAUAACGAGCUCUGGCUCGUGUCGGAGCUCGGGGCGUCCAGUAACGACGAGCGAACAGUUCGUAGUCACGACAGUGUAUCUGAGGUGCCGGACCCGCCCGCAGCAAAGAGCAGGCCGGAUGAAGGGGCGUUCUCGAUGAACCUGAGACCUGGAAGCCAAACACACAUGAAAGCGCUGCGAGCCUCCGACGUAGAAUGGGUCUGUGAGCGCCGUUCCUUGAAAAGAGGUCCCAUUGCAGGGAGCGAUUCCGGCGAUUUGGUGAUGAAUUAUGAUGGGACAAGAGAGCAUGAGGCGAGCAAUGCGACAGUUGCGUUCCCUGAGAGUACUCAUGGUGGAACGAGAUCUCCUGUAUCGGGCACCAGCUCAGACGAGGAUAUAUUUGAAUCCAUCCUCGGGGAAAAUCGGCAGUACACGUUCUCUGUUCCAAAGCGUGCUCGCAUUCGGUGCAUGGAAUUGCCGGAUAUGGAUGAAAUCCUUAGUUCGUUACGGGAGGCGGAGCCUGUGAGCGCUAAGUGUGAGACAGACCAACGGGAACGAAGCGAGGCGAGCGUGUGCUCGGGAACAAGUCACUGUGGCUCACCCAAAGCAGCAGUUUCGCCAAUCGACGGACAUAGAAACGUUGUCAAGCCCCUAGGAGAUUCUACCAAAUCAAAUGUGCUGCCCGCUGAAAUAGAUUUGCGGGAUCAAUUGCCAAAUAGUGGAGCGGUUCCUGCGACGCCGCAUGCACCGACAACAUUUGGAGGCCGCACGUCCUUUGUCUCACCGUAUGUUGCGCCCAAACAACAGCAUCCUCAAAGGACAGCAAGUCCAGAAAGUGCAUCGAUGCGGUCACCAGGGAAGGCCGCACUGCCAGAGACAAAGCACUCGAGCACUCGAGUGAUUCCGCAUGCUACGCGUCAUGGUGAAUCGCCAAGCAGCCCGGUGGUGGUGUGCGACACCUCGUCAACGCUUCCCCGUGAGUUGAAUGAGUCCAGUGGAACAAUCGCAUCUACUGAUCAUCGCCGAGAGGGUCCAGGAUCAGAUCGGCCCAGUGCUCCUGAAAAGAUGCGUUCUGAGCCUUCUGCUCUUCUUCUGAAAAAGCGGCAGGUUGCCUUAGAGCGGCUUAUGCGAUUGGAAGACGAAUUUCUCGAGACCAUCGAUGCAGAACAAGCUGAACGGCUGCACACGCUCAUCGAAAAAACGAAAUCAGCCAUACAGCAUAUUGAUCGAUGUCUCGGGAAUGACGUUGCUACGAAGAAAGCAGCAAGCUGCAUACCGAAUCCUGACGUAGAUUCACAAUCCCAGCGAAUGGCGAGCUUAGCGAACGCUGCGGCGCUCUCGGCCAGCGGUGCUCGCCCGAGCGGAACACAUGACGCAGAAAACGCGUCUCCCGCGAAUCCCGCAAACAGCUCAUCUGGCGAGAGUGCGUUUCGUUGCAGCGCCUCCACUAAGGACGUCGUCACGUUAACGGGACUGCGAAGCGAGCGCUACGGCUCCAUGGCAGGUGCAUCAGGAGCAGCGCCAGCUUGUGUCGGCAAGAUUGGUGAGACCUCAGAUCGUGCUGUCGACGCAGCCGAGGUUCACAUGGCCAUGACUGACCAUUACCAUGAAGAACAGCCCGUAUCCAGACUUUACGACAAAUCAAGUGUACCUGUAAUCGAAGGCAGCACGGGGGCGCCCGCUGUCCCGGUCCAAAUGACAACAUCAGACGCAGUGGAUCUCGAUGAGGUCUUCGAAGCGGCCUGUGCUCAAGCUUCUGCCGAAUUUGCUGGUGAUAACUAUCCGUGGUCAGCACAGCUGCAUCACAACAACCGUGUUCAGUUCGGUAAUCAGGGAUUUCGUGCCAAUCAGAAAGAGGCAAUCAAUGCGGCCAUGUGUGGGCGCGACGUUUUCGUCCUGAUGCCCACAGGGGGCGGCAAGUCUCUCGUCUAUCAGCUGGCCGCGACGCUCACGGGACCAGCGGGCUGCGGUGUUACUGUCGUGGUCUCGCCUCUGAAAUCGCUUAUCAUGGAUCAAGUGAUGCGUUUGCAGGCGCUGCGUAUUCCAUGCGGUGCCCUGUGCGGCGCGACCUCGGAAACGGAAUCUCGAGAGCUUAUGCGUGAUCUUCGCAGCUUGCAUCCAAAGACUCGGAUUCUUUACGUGACUCCCGAGAAAAUAAGUCUUUCGGAGGCGUUUCGGUCCAUACUCGAUUGGCUUGCCUCUCGAAAACUUCUCGCUCGAUUCGUGAUCGAUGAGGCGCACUGCGUGAGUCAGUGGGGCCACGACUUCCGCCCCGACUACAAGCGGCUUAGUCUCUGCAAGCAACGUUAUCCGUCCGUCCCGCUGAUGGCUCUGACGGCCACAGCGACAAGAGAGGUGCGAGAAGAUGUCAAAGUGCAGCUAGGCAUCCCACGCUGCGUUACUUUCAAACAGAGUUUCAAUCGGCCGAAUAUUUCGUACGAGGUUUAUCUCAAGGGGCCUCGUUCCAAGACUGUGGAAUGGAUCGCCGAGUUCAUCCAAAAUGAAAUGCCGCGCGGUGCUUCAGGCAUUAUCUACUGUUUUAGUAAGCAAGAGUGUGAGGAUGUAGCGAAAGCAUUGCGACGCCAGUUUCGCAUCGCAGCGGAGCACUACCACGCUGGUCUCACGGACGAGAGUCGCAUUGCGGUCCAGCAACGUUGGAUGAGGCGGGCCACGCAGGUCAUUGUCGCCACCAUUGCCUUUGGCAUGGGCAUCGAUAAGCCGGAUGUGCGCUUUGUCAUUCACUACACCAUGCCAAAGAAUGUUGAGGGCUUCUAUCAGGAAAGCGGGCGCGCUGGGCGCGACGGUCAGCCCGCCCGCUCUAUUGUACUCUUCUCUCAUGCGGAUCAGCGGCGGCUGAUCGGCAUGAUCGACAAGAACUCGAACGGUCUCACGAGAGCGGCGCUAUCGCUUCAGAAAGACGCUGUCAAGAGAAUGGCGGCCUGGUGUCUCGACGACGUCAGUUGCCGGCGCGUGACAGUGUUGGCUCACUUUGGCGAACGCUUCGAUCGUCGAGCGUGCAGUCCGCCGUGCGAUAACUGUCGGAACCAGGCUCCCUGUCAAAUGGAAGACUGGACGGCUACGGCCCGCGGUGCGUACCAACUGGCGCAAUGGAUGCAGGACGUGCGGCGGAUAACGCCAACUUCGGCCAGGAUCGCCUCUGGUCUGCGAGGUUUCGAAUCCUUUCGUACUACCGUAGGCGCUUCACCGGACGUGGAUAUACCGGGUUUCGGGAGCGCCCCGCCUGGUGCCAACGACAAUGACAUCUUUCGUCUACUCGCGGAGAUGGAGCGACUGCACAUUCUCCAUGAAGAGGUCUACCACAACGAAGUGCACGGUGGCGUCUGCGGUUGUUUGCGUCCAGUACCGGGGAGCCAGUCUCCGAUUGUGCACGAUUUACUAUACGGUAACGAACGGCGUAUUUAUCUGCUUGUUCGACGGGGCAAGCACGGCCUUCAGGCGAUCCGGCUGCGUUCAGAGAUGGUGCGCGCUACUUCAGGACGCAAGCGGGGCGUCGCAUCUGCAACAGGUGCCACCGAUGCCUUCCCAGAAGACACCAAUGAUUCGGUAUCGAUCGGGAACACCACCAAGUCGCACGCAGAAUCAGUUCGAAAUCGUCUUCUGGAGCUCCGCCGAAGCUGGUGUAAGCAGCACAAGGGCCUGCGGGCAGACUCAGCCCUUUCGACAACAGAGAUCGACAGCAUUGUGCGUAUAGCACCAAAGAGUUUGACAGAACUUGCAGCUCUACGGCGCCGUUCUCGUAAUCCCGAUCGCCAGGUCCCCGAUGCCCUCGUUUGGCAAGCCAUUCAUGGCGACCAAAGCGACUCUGCUGUGAUAUCUGGCGACGGCAUGUUGCCUCGCGACGCGCUGCCUGGCGCAUCGAGUCGACAUGCGCACCCAACUGCGAGUGCCAGCGCUCCCGGAGUACUGUUAUCCGACGAGGAUUCCAUAGAUUCCGGUGAUGAUGUAACAGUUGUUGGUGCUCGCUCUGCGUCCAUCGACAGUCCAGCGAAGUCGGCGACGUGCAUCCAUCGGAAGAACGGGCAGCGUUCAACAGGGCGCCGCCAGAGUCAUCGCACUGGUCACGCCCCGAAGGCGGCGCUGGCGCAGCGUACGGGGAAACGUCCCGCACGGGUCAAUGAACGAGGACCCAGGUUGUCUCGGAGCCAGGAGUCGUGCCCCGUGGGCCGGUUUCAGCGCAGUGGCGGCCCCAGUCGCAGAAAGCCAAGUCGCACAGAGGCGCUCGCAUCCAGCGACUACGGCAGUGCCGCCCCGUGGACUGGGAACGAGGCCAUGCCCCUGUGA